AUGGAGAAAAAGAGAAGAGGAAAGGGGAAAAGCAACAGUGAUGCAGCCGAUUCGGAGCAAGGGUUUUAUCGUCUCGCGGACGUGCUUACCGUGCAGUCUGAGGGUUGGAAGCGCAAGCCGGCAGCUCAGCAGUCUCCUUCCGAAGUAGAUGGGAAGCCGUCCGUGCUGCAGUUCAAGUGUUGCUCCACUGCGCGACGCGACACCAGUCUUCCGCAUAGCACGAGGCAAUGGAGGAAAUUGCGUCUAAAUUCCUGCUGUGCCGCUGCGUCAUUUUUUCGAGACCAAACAAAGCGCGUUGAUUUCUGGUCCCCCUCCAACAGAACGGAGUAUUUUCGUCACCUGCAACGCUUGGCUUCUUUGUCUACAUUCUUGAAUCCUGGAUUGCAGCCGCCGAAGUCCCUAAUUGGGAGCCGGCCUCACAACUUCGGGCCUUCGAAGCCCGUCAUCGUUUUCACUACCUCGCCCACUCCCUUUCCAUCACAAGCUAAGUCACCACCGUCAAGCCUUCGGGUCGAGUUCAUGCCUACGUUCAUCCUCGCCAAAGGGUCCAACUCAAUCAUCAAUGGUCUUCGAGCAACUAGCCUGUUCAGUGCGAUAAUGGAGGUGGAAAGAGGGGACGAAGAAGAGAAUCACAUUGAGGGCGACGAAUCCUAG